AUGAUUGAAUUAAUAACCUUUAUAUCAAAUUCUAAAUAUUACAUCCUUGUUGCUCUCAUUACCAUAGCAAUUCACAAAGUAUAUGGUUUCCUUAAAUGGAGAAAAAGCGCAGACAGCAUUCCUGGCCCGCCAGCUUCAUUAAUAACUGGCAACAUUCUCGACAUCGGUCGCGCGGGGGGUUUAGCGCCGUAUCUAAAAUAUCUCCACAAAACGUAUGGUCCCAUCGUCAAAUACUGGGCCACGCCGAACGAACUCCAUGUGACGAUAAACGAACCCAAUAUCCUCGAUCAAUUCGACAUUCAGACUACCGAAAGACCCAUAAACUUUGUUGAAUUUUUAAGAGGCUUUUUCGGUGACAAGGGCCUGAUUUAUCUAGAUGCUGAACAGGCAAAAGCGAGAAGACUCAUAUGGCACAAGACAUUUGCAAAGCGUCCUUACGAAAAGAUUAUGCCGAGAUUCAUCGAAAUCAUCAACAAGCGAGGUACAGACUGGCUAUCGGAAAGAAACGGAGGAAAAGCUGUCAAAGUCAAUAUCCAGGCCGAGGCUCGGUCGUUAUGGAACAAACUGAACGAAUACAACGUAUUUGGUGACGCAUCCACUUCCGACAAUUUAAGCGAAAAAUUUGAAGAAACCAUCGAACUAUUAUUACAAAUACGAUUCAGGUUUGCUCCCGUAUUGCCAUACACCGUAAUAUGGAGAAAACGAAAGGAACUUCUCGACUAUGUGCGUCAAGAAGUCCAACGAUUGAUCAACGAACAACUAGACCGUCGUGGUGAAUCCCUAGCCAAUGGAAACGAUUUCCUGAGUCAUUUACUCAAUGACGAAGAACUCACCGAAGAGGCAUUCUUUGAUGAAGUUUUAACUCUACUGUUUGUCGUUACGGACAAUUUCAUGGGCAUUGCUAACCUAUUUCAUCAGCUGGCAGAAAAUAAAAAUGUCCAAGAACGGGUACGAAAAGAAGUUCAAGACGUGUGGGGUGAUAAACUUCCCACUACAACGGAUGAAUUGUCCUCUAUGACUUAUACCAGAGCGGUCGUCAAAGAAGUUUUACGAUUUUGCGGUACCAGUAAUAUCACUCUCCGAGAGUUACAACACGAUUAUUUCAUCCAAAACAAAUAUCAUAUUCCCAAAGAUGCUCUUGUUGUGGUUCCGAUAAGCGUUAUUCAUCGAAACCCCAACUACUGGACUGAGCCUGACAAAUUUAAUCCCGACAGAUUCUUAGAGGGUUCAAAGGAUAGUCAGGACAGGUCAAGAAUGGCAUAUGUUCCAUUUGGUUUCGGAGCUCGAUCAUGUCUUGGACAAAGAUACGCUAUGAACACGCUUACGCUGUUGGCAGGAUUGCUCGUUAAGAGAUUUGAUAUAGAGCCUAUCACCAGGUAUGAUGACGUAGCCUGGAAAGAAGCUAUAUUCUCGACACACGCAUCCGAUGGCAUCUGGUUGAAUUUUAUUCCAAGAACGGUGGAGUAA